AUGUUCACUUCAUUUGUAAGUACAUUAUCACAAACAAGACUCAUUGUUCCUAAUGUCCCUAACGCUUAUUUUGGCACUUUACUCAUGAUACACGAUACUAGUUCGGAUGAAUCUUCUAGUAAACAUAAAUAUAUUUUAACGGAAUGUCAUGACAAAGUUCGUUUAAUCAUAUUAAACCGACCAAAAGAAUUGAAUGCUUUGUCUACUGAUUUAUUUCAUGAGCUUAAUGAUGUAUUGGAAAAAUUUGAUAAUGAUCCAAAUGUUGGGGCUAUUGUGAUUACUGGAAGUGAAAGAGCUUUUUCUGGUUCUGGUGCCGAUAUUAAAGAAAUGUUUGACAAAUCUUUCGCACAAGUUUAUAAAACAAACUUCCUUGGUAACUGGGGAAAGAUUAAUGAAAUCAGGAAACCCACUAUUGCUGCUUUAGGCGGUGGAUGUGAAUUAGCUAUGAGUUGUGAUAUAAUUUAUGCUGGGGAAAACGCUAAAUUUGGUCAACCUGAGAUUAAACUUGGUGUCAUUCCUGGAGCAGGAGGUACUCAAAGACUUACUCGAGCAAUUGGAAAAUCUAAAGCUAUGGAAAUUAUAUUAUCAGGUAGAAAUUUUACAGCUCAAGAAGCUGAAAAAUGGGGAUUAGUUAGCAAAGUAUUACCGGUUGAUAAAGUAAUUGGAGAAGCUAUUAAACUUGGUCAAGAAAUUGCAAGUUUUUCUCAACCUUCUAUUCAAGCUGCUAAAGAAUCGAUUAAUCAAGAAGAUUAUUCUACGCGUGAUCAAAAGGAAGGAAUGGAAGCAUUCUUAAAGAAACGUGCCGCCAUAUGGACGAAUGAAUGA